AUGGUAAUGAAACCAAGAACAAUAAGCAUGGAAACAUUUAAAAAAGCCUUUGUUUUCCUUCUUCACACUUUCCUUUUAAGUUCACUUCCAUUUGCACUGAACAGUGUAUCAUCCAAGAGAACAGAAGCAGAGGCUCUUGUAAGUUAUCUUCAAAACCUAACUUAUCUUGGUUUGUCGCUUAACUACUUUAUUGUUAAAAUUCCAGAAUCAUUAUUCAUCAAUCUGGGGAAGCUUGAAUAUCUGAACCUUACUGGUAUUGGGUUAGCCUCGAACAACUUCUCUAGCUUAAUUCUUGAUAUUUUUGGCUCCAUGCCAAAUCUGAAAAUCCUUGAACUAAGUUCAUUCGAAGAAAAGAUCCCAUCAUCUUUAGGUAAACUUAGGAAUCUUCAACUCUUUCGUCUCUUAAUCGAUAGCCCACUCAAUUCCACAAUUCCUUCUGAGCUUGGCCUCUGCACAAACCUUACCCAAUUGAUUUUAAGUGGGAGUUCACUUACGGGAUCUUUGCCUUUAUCCUUAACCAAUCUGACCAAAUUAUUUGGUUUGGUUGUCAUUGAUAGUAAUUUUUGUGGUCAUAUCCUGCUUGAGGAAAUACCAUUUGAAAUUGGUUUGUUGACAAAUCUCACUUUUCUUAAUUUGAAUGGUAAUAGAUUUUCUGGCUAUAUCCCUCAAAUGAUAGGAAGCUUGCAAAACUUGUUCUUCCUAGACCUUUCAGUCAACUUGCUUUUAGGUCAAAUACCUCCAACGAUCGAGAAUUUAACAGAACUUAGGUCCAUAGAUAUUUUCUCUAACCAUCUCACAGUCUCUAAACUCAGUAAAGGAUUGCAAGUUUUGAAUUUGAAGAAUAAUUAUUUUUAUGGCACCAUUCCCAGAAUAUUUCCAGAGGGAUGUGAACUGCAGUAUUUGGACUUAUAUGGAAAUCAAUUGAGUGGGACAUUACCACUGUCAUUAGUCAAUUGUAGGAUGCUUGAAGUAAUAGAUACUGGAAACAAUAGCAUAAGUGGCUCAUUCCCCUUUUGGAUGAAAACUCUUCCAGAGUUUCGAGUCCUUAUAUUGAAGGCCAACAGAUUCUAA